CAAACACACUCACAGUCCCACACUCCCACCGUCUCUUUUAUGGGUCUCUGAGAACAACUGAUCAAUAGGAGUAACCAUGACGAGAUUCUCCUUCUUAUUCUUAACCGGUCUUAUUAUCCUUCAAAGGGAAUUAUCUGAAGUUUUGUCUGAGAGACAGGAGCAGCAGGCUGACCUCCCUCCGAGAGGUUGGAAUUCAUAUGAUUCCUUUUCAUGGAUCAUCUCAGAGACUGAGUUCCUAGAGAAUGCUGAAAUCGUUUCUAAGAGGCUACUCCCUUAUGGAUAUAAGUAUAUUGUGGUGGAUUACCUCUGGUAUAGGAGGAAGGUGAAGGGUGCUUAUACAGAUUCACUCGGAUUCGAUGUGAUAGAUAAAUGGGGGAGGGUGAUCCCUGAUCCAGGGAGAUGGCCCUCUUCUAGCGAUGGUAGAGGAUUUUCUGAAUUAGCCAAGAAAGUUCAUGACAUGGGUUUAAAAUUUGGGAUUCAUGUUAUGAGGGGAAUAAGCACACAAGCAGUCAAUGCAAACACCCUGAUCUUGGACACCAUAAAGGGUGGUGCCUAUGAGGAGUCUGGUCGACAGUGGCGGGCAAAAGAUAUAGGAUUGACAGAGAGGGCUUGUGCUUGGAUGCCACAUGGUUUCAUGAGUGUCAAUACCAAAACAGGAGCUGGAAGAGCCUUCUUGAGAUCAUUGUAUCACCAGUAUGCCGAAUGGGGUGUUGAUUUUGUGAAGCAUGACUGCAUCUUUGGUGAUGACCUGGAUGUAAAUGAGAUACAGAUCGUGUCAGAGGUCUUGAAGGAGCUUAACCAUCCCAUAUUAUACUCCCUCUCUCCUGGGACCAGUGUGACCCCUGCCAUGGCAAAGGAUGUAAGUGGUCUUGUGAACAUGUACAGGAUAACAGGAGAUGAUUGGGAUAACUGGGGAGAUGUGGCUGCUCAUUUUAAUGUAGCAAGGGACUUCGCUGCUGCUAAUAUGGUAGGAGCUACUGGUUUGCAGGGGAAGUCGUGGCCUGAUUUGGACAUGCUUCCACUGGGUUUGCUUACUGAUCCAGGUUCAAAUGAAGGGCCACACAGAAAAUGUAAUCUCAGUCCUGAUGAGCAAAGAAUUCAGAUGACGCUAUGGUCCAUGGUCAAGUCACCUCUCAUGUUCGGAGGAGAUCUGAGGACACUUGAUGAAAGCACAUAUGAUCUUAUCACGAAUCCUGUGCUACUGGAAAUAAAUUCUUUUAGCACAAAUAACAAGGAGUUUCCUUACGCAACCAGUAGAAAAAAUAUCAAGAGUGAUAAAUGCUUUCAGCAAUGGAAAUCUAGAAAUUUGAAGUAUGAAAGUGCAUCAGAUACACAUGUUUUGGGUCUCAGUAGCUGCAAGGAUCAGAAGGCAAAAGGUUGGGCGGUAGAAGCUAUUGAUGAAGAUAUUGAGAAGAUCUGCUGGAAAGACAACAUUGGAAGCAAACACAAGCCUCCACUUUGCUUGUACAAGAAAAAACCUUUGCUGACAUUAGGUGAAGAGGUAAUCUACAAGAAGCAGUAUCAAGGAAACUUCCAUUUGUUAACAACAGACACAAUGGAUUUUUGCUUGGACGCUUCUCCAACCCAGAAGCUUACUUCACAAGAGUUGCAGACCAGUUCGUCGUCCCGUUGCAGAUGGAACUCCAAUCAGAUGUGGGAGCUGAACCUUAAUGGAACACUGAUGAACAGCUAUUCUGGACAAUGUGCAGCAGUGAAGAUGGCCAAAGCUAAUUUCAUAUCUGGUGGAAUUCGCUCCUGGAUUGCAACUGGAAGACGAGGAGAGAUAUAUCUUUCCUUUUUCAAUCUAAGCCCUGACAGAAUGGUAAUAUCUGCAAAUAUGCUGGAUCUGGAUAAGGUGCUUCCUGGCAGAGACUUGAGCAAAGCUUCAUGUAGGUACAGUGAAUUGUUUAGUGGAAAAGACUAUGGGGUAGCAAAACAAGCAAUAUCAAUAGAGGUUGAGAUGCAUGCUAGUGCUUUGUUCAUCUUGAAUUGUAUUAGUUUGGGAUGAGCCUAACCUGCAUUUGAUGGUAGAUUUCUGUGGGUGUUUCCUA